AUGUCUGCCACAGACAAUGUAUCCAACGAGCCUGUAGCGUCUCCAUCGCUCAGUCUUCCUUCUUCCAGCCCGUCGCCAUCUGCGAAACCAUCGACCGCCAAUGUUGGCACAAGCGCUGCAGCCCCCACAUCACCAUCAUCGCAGAUCCAGCUGUCGUCUUCACCUUCUGCAACCCUCAGUGUCCCAAAGGCGACACCAACAAAGCCCUCGAGACAGGCCACCAACCCAGACAAGACCACGACGUCAACAAACGCCGGUGCAGGUUCACACCAUCUUGCCGGACUUCCAUCUGGAUUGGCUCCUGCUGCGUUGAGCCUUUCACCCGGCGGCGGUGGAAACUCACGACUGGGCACCCGGAGUCCGAGCAGCAUCCCAAGCUCUCCUACCAGCAUACAUUCGUCGAGCUCUGCAAUUUUUGAGCGUGAUAUUGAACCCCUUGGUCUCCCAUCGCUCUCUGUACCCCUACAGGCUGCUCCAACGGCCUCGAGCCCCCUGCGAUCCUCCACAAACACUGGGAGCCCAACACCAAGCGUCAAUCCACAUCGUAUACCCCGAUCCAAGACGACUGAGGCACUUGAACUCACUGUUCCAAGCGUACUAGAUUCUGCAGUCUCGGCCCUCAGCGCCGUCGAGGAGACCGGUGCGAAUAUCACAGUCCUGAGCCCGAUCCCAGCGCAACCAUUGGCCCAGAGCCUGGGCGGCUCUGCUGUGCAAUCUCCUCUUUCGCUACAGUCCCAACCGUCUCCGCUCAGUGCACAAUUUAACCAACCACAACCGAUGGGGUCGGGGACGGGGACUUCCGCUGGCAGUCCUUCGCCCCCUACAAUGUCCCUUCUUCUCCAAGGAAUGGGGAUGAGCGGACUCGUCAGUGCGAGUGCUUCUGUCAGUGGCGCUGCUUCAGCAUCUGGCUUCCAGUCUGGAUUUGCCAGCCCGUUGAGCAGCUCGAGAGCACCCAGUCCUGCUCGAAGCGCAUCACCGCCGAAUGGACAAGUCACUAUUGAGCCAUCGGCUUCUGCAAUAGGUGGUUCUCCUCGAUCGAUCCCCAAAGAUGCUACACCGUCGAUCAUUAGUGCGUCCCCGCGCAAGAGACCCUCGAUACCAGCUCCGGGCCCGGCGUCAAAUCCAAACAUUCCCAGCCCCAAUAUGCGUGCCUCGAACCGCCUCAGCUUUAUUUCGUAUACUGAUCUUCUCACUUCUGCACCCAUUGCCGCCCAGCCACUCGGCGCCGUGCUCAACCCAGGAACUCACGAACCUCCAACGCAUCUCGUCGUCGUUGACCCAGACAAUGCUCCCAGCCUUUUGGGAAUCACACCCACCGUCAGCUCUGGCCAUCUCCCGCUCGGUAGUCUCAACAUGAGCGGGGCGGCAGACAAGAUUGACGUGGAUUCGUUGGGGACGGUCGGGUUGAGCAGCACUGGCGAAUGGGGACGAGAGGGUCUCGGUAGUGGACUCGAGGAACGGCUAGAAAGACUUUGGGUUGCAGAAAAGGAGCUCAACGAACGUGGGCGCGUCGCGAUACCCGUUAGCCCCUCGGUCGCUGCGGCCAGGGGUUCGGCGAGUCGAUCUGCCAGUAUCGGAGGGACGAAUUCUAGUCCCCCGGCACCCAUUGCUAACGCCCUCCCACCACUGCAGCCACCAACAGCCAGUGCAGCGCCGUCAGCGACGACGUGA